AGAGAGACCUGCGCCGCAUUGACAGGAAACACGGAGUCAGAGCUCCGGUAGCGCCGACAGCACAGAGGAGGAGCUGGAUCUUUUUCUGAUGCCGCUGCGGAGUUGACGGUGCCCGGUGCAGCAGAGGGGAGAGGAGCUGCGGACCAGUGCAGGAUUGAUCGGGAUGGAGAUACAACACAGUUAUCCAGCACUGCUGUACACCUGGAUGCAAGAGCAGCACUGACAGAGGUCUUUUGAGUGGUCACAACAGAGUGGGUGGACAGACGGAAGCUAAUUGUCCACAUCAGUGAACGUCCUCGGCGCGGCUGUCAGGAGAACUGCCCUAGCCAGUCAGGAGAGGCGAGGGACGAGGCCGGCCAAUCGGAGGGAGAGAGAUGUUGGGGCAGGGCAGCCAUGUGGCCCUGGCUCUUGUGUCAUUACUGUUGCUACUGUGGCAUGAAGCAGCACCAAUUGAAGUCCCACAAGACCCAAAGAUCCUGCAAGACUUAAAGCAGCCCCCAACUAUAGUCAAACAGUCAGUGAAGGACUACAUUGUUGACCCCAGAGAUAACAUCAUCAUCGAGUGUGAGGCCAAGGGCAACCCAGUGCCAACGUUCUCAUGGCGAAGGAACGGGAAGUUUUUCAACAUUGGAAAAGAUCCCAGGGUGACGAUGCGUAAACGCUCGGGAACUCUGGAGAUCGGUUUUCGUAGCGGAGGACGACCAGAAGACUAUGAGGGAGAGUACCAGUGUUUUGCCACCAAUGACUUUGGAGUGGCUCUGUCCAACAAAAUCCUGCUCCGGGUCUCAAAGGCUCCUCUGUGGCCUAAAGAAGUGCUGGAGCCAGUGGUGGUGACUGAAGGCUCCUCGCUGGUUCUACCCUGCAACCCCCCACCGGGCCUGCCUCCUCCGUUCACAUUUUGGAUGAACAGUGCUAUGACUCCGAUCCCUCAGGAUAAGAGAGUGUCCAUGGGUCUGAACGGAGACCUCUACUUCUCAAAUGUUUUGGCCAAAGAUGCUCACACUGACUACAGCUGCAAUGCUCGCUUCCUUUUCACACACACCAUCCAGCAGAAGAACCCCUUCACACUCAAAGUUCUGACCAAGGAGCCGUAUAAUGACACAUCUUACAAUGCCACUGACCCCUAUGGUGGCCGUAAAGUAGCCGAGUCCACGCCGACCUUCCUCUCACCCUCAGGAACUGAGAGCUCCAAAAUGGUGCUACGAGACGAACAACUGCUACUGGAGUGUAUCGCUGCUGGACUUCCGACGCCCACCAUCAAGUGGUUCAAGAAGGGCGGGGACCUGCCAGGGCACAAAGUGAAGUUUGAGAACUACAACAAAACCCUGAAGAUUAUCAACGUGUCAGAGGAGGAUGCUGGGGAGUAUUUAUGCAUGGCCACCAAUCAUUUAGGUGGCAUACGCCACUCCAUCUUUGUUGUGGUCAAAGCGGCUCCUUAUUGGCUGGACAAACCUACGAACCUGGUGCUCGCUCCGGACGAGAACGGGCGCCUGGUGUGUCGGGCUAACGGCAACCCCAAACCCAACAUCCAGUGGCUGAUCAAUGGACAGCCUAUAGAGAUCGCACCCCCCAGCCUGAGCCGGCAGGAGCUUGGUGACACCCUCAUCUUCCGCUCGGUGCAGAUGGGAAGCAGCGCCGUCUACCAGUGCAAUGCUUCUAACCAGCACGGCUACCUGCUGGCCAAUGCCUUUGUCAGCGUCCUUGACAUGCCUCCGAGGAUGCUGGGCCCUAAAAACCAGCUGAUUAAAGUCAUUGAGAACAACCGCACCUUCCUGGAGUGUCCCUUUUUUGGUUCCCCUCUGCCAGAUUUGCGCUGGUUUAAGAAUGGACAGGGCAGUGGGCUGGAUGGUGGUCAGUACCGUGUUUACAUCAAUGGCACCCUAGAGAUCAAACGGGCCCGAGCAGAGGAUGAGGGCACCUAUACCUGUGUGGCCAACAGCAUCCUGGGCAAGGCCGAAAGCCAAGUUCGCCUGGAAGUCAAAGAGCCGACUCGUAUAGUUCGAGCCCCGGAACAUCAGUCAGUCAUCAGGGGCUCCACGGCUCGCUUCAACUGUAAGGUGAAGUCUGAUCCCACUCUGCCCAAUACUGUGGCCUGGACCAAAGAUGACAAGCCUCUCUACAUGGGAUGGAGGCUGAGGAAAGACGAGGAGUCGCUAACCAUCCCCAAUGUGAAUGAGGGCGAUGAGGGCUCAUACACCUGCACUGUUAAAUCUGAGAUAGACGAGGACUCAGCCUCAGCCCGCCUCACUGUGUUAGAGGAAGCCUCCCUCAACCCCUCAGUCUCUAGUGCCUUGCCUCCAGACCGUCCAGACCCUCCCAUGGAUCUGGAUCUGUCAGACCCUGCAGCCCGCAGUGUUCGCCUCACUUGGAUCCCUGGAAAUGACCACAGGAGCCCAGUCAAAGAAUUCCUGGUCCAGUUCGAGGAGGAUCGCUGGGAGCCCGGCAGGUGGCAGGACCUGGCCUCUUACCCCGGAGAUCUCAACUCUGUCAUUCUGCAGCUUGCCCCCUUCGUCAACUACCAGUUCAGGGUCAUCGCCAUCAACUCAGUGGGCCCGAGUCAGCCCAGCCGCCCCUCGCCACGAUACAAGACAAGCGGAGCUGCCCCAGAUGCCAUUCCUAGAGGUUUGCGAGGCUGGGGAUCCAAGAAGGACAACAUGGAGAUCACCUGGGAGCCUCUGCUUGAUCUGGAGAGAAAUGGCCCAAACCUGCACUACAGUGUGUGGUGGAGACGGAAAGAUUCGGGAGAGGAGUGGAGAAAUGUGACCACGGUGGGGUCCAAACAUGUCGUCCAUAACACAGAAACUUAUGUGCCUUAUGAGAUAAAAAUCCAGGCCAGGAAUGAGUUUGGACACGGACCUGAGUCUAAUGUGGUGACUGGAUACUCUGGAGAGGACGAGCCCACUGAUGCUCCCACUGACCUGAGGGUGUCAAAGGUUGACAGCACCAAGGUGAACAUACACUGGAAGCCUGUGGACCAGAGCUCUGUCCAGGGAGAGUUCAAAGAGUACAGAUUGCACUACUGGCGUGAGUCCAGCCUGGUUCCAGGUCUGGUGGUCAGUAAGGAGAAGAAGACAAAAGGUUUCUACAGUAUGGUGGCCGAGCCAUCUGGCAUCCUCAGCGACCUGGUGCCCUUCUCUAAAUACAAGAUGUUCAUGGUUGUGGCCAACAACCUCUUUGAAGGUCCACCCAGCAACACGAUGGAAUUCACUACUAAGGAGGGAGUGCCAGAUGCUCCGAAGUUUUUCAGGAUUAACCGGAGAAGUUUUGACACCAUCCACCUUGAAUGGGACAAACCUCUGGAGCCCAAUGGCAUUCUGAUUGGAUACCACCUCAAGUACCAAACAGUCAAUGGCUCUAGGAUGGGUCGUCCCCAGUCGGAGACUUUCCCUCCUAAUGAGACAGAGUUCACCAUCCGCCUGCCGGACAGAUCUACCCGCUACAAGUUCUACCUGUCAGCACUCACUCAGGUGGGAGCAGGGGAGGUCUUUGCUGAGGAGUCACCACACUUCGCAAAUGAAGAAAACAUUACUGACUCUACAGGUCUAGUUGAGCUUACAGACCCCACCGUGGCUUCAGCUCUCACUCCUACUCCUCCUCCUCUCGCUCCUCUUCCUCCUACUACCAUCGCUCCUACAACCAUUAGUACCUCAACUUCUACCACUACUACAACUACAACUACUACUACUCCUUCUACCACCACCACCACAACUGAGGCGACCACUACCACCAAACCUCCCGAGCUGGUCACCACCAAGCGUAUUGAUCAGAAUGUGUUGGUGUCCCCUGGGCGGGAGAUCUGGAAUCUGACGGUGGAGCAUAACAGUAACUACGCUAACGUCAGCUGGAGACACAACUUCCCGGCCGGCAGCAGCGAGUUUGUGCUAGAGCUCACACUGGACAGCGACAAGUCGGUGAGAAAUGUAACGGUGAAACAACAGCCCCCCAUUAAAGUGGCGGAUCUGAUCGCAGGCGCCACGUACCAUCUGAGGGUUUACUCACAUGAGCUCAACAGCGUCAGCAGCAAACCUGUCACCUUUAAGACCAAAGCAGCCUACAUAGACCAGGUAGACAUUGCCACUCAAGGCUGGUUCAUUGGCUUGAUGUGCGCCAUUGCCCUCAUUAUACUGAUCCUCCUCAUCGUCUGCUUCAUCAAGAGGAGUCGUGGGGGCAAAUACCCAGUCCGUGACAAAAAAGAUCUCCCCUUGGAUCCAGUAGAUCAGAAAGACCAGGAUGGAUCCUUUGACUACCACAGCGAUGAGGACAACAAGCCUCUCCAGGGCAGCCAGACAUCGCUGGAUGGCAACGUGAAGGAAAGUGACGACAGUCUGGUGGACUACGGCGAAGGUGGCGACGGCCAGUUCAAUGAGGAUGGCUCUUUCAUUGGCCAGUACACAGUGAAGAAGGACAAGGACGAAACGGAGGGCAAUGAGAGCUCUGAGGCCACCUCACCCGUCAAUGCCAUUUACUCGCUAGCGUAGCGUAGUAGCAGCACACUGGGGAUGCGGUUGCACCCUCUGAUUUGAGAGCGUUACGACAAACCACAACACCAUACACCGGACACAAACACACACACAAAUAUAUUAAUAUAUGAAACACAUUAAGGAACACAGCAGGGCCUGUCUGGAGACUGUGUAGGCUUCCCUCUGCAGAUACAGUAACAGGGGAACACACGAGUGGAAUUAGACCACAAGCCUUUAUUUUAGUUUCCAGCUCUAAGAAACUGGCCCACUGGAGGUGACAUUUGGACAAAGAGGACAGUACUCGUUCUCCUCUGCGCUCUGCCUGCCCUUACACAGACUUGAAGUGUGCCUUCGGGACAGCUUUCAGCAUUUGGAGGCAUCACCAAGCGUUCUUUAGAGAUUUUUCUUUGGUUUGUUUCUGCUCCGAACAUUUUCAGUGCCCCAGCUCUCCUUCCUGAUAACACCCCUCAUACCUCUGUGUAGCAUCCCAGUAAAGUACACACAAGAGGUCCCUGACACACACAUAUACACACACACACACACACACACACACACACACACACACAUUGGCCCCGUCCUGUAACAUAUCAGCUUCUAACCAUUAAACUCAACAGGAUGCCGGCAGAUAUGUUUAUCAUAUUGAUAUUUACGCAAUGAAAGAUUUUAGUUUUUCCACAGCUGGUAGACGAGUCAUUGAACCUUAAUGAGUGCUGUAUACAGUCCUGGCACACAUUUUAGUGCCCUGCAAAACUAUGCACUGUCACCUCCUCCAUUCCAUUUUGGGUUUAAUCUGGUUAGUAGAAGUACACAUUUUAGGUUUCUUUUUUACCACUUGCAGGCUCAAUCACAUGCUUUUAUUCACUUUGCCUUGUACAAUGUGGUAGACAUGUUUUUCUUACCUCUAAUCCAAUGUUGUAGUGGCCGCCAUGAGAGAAGUUAUUUUGGCCACAAGCACCAAGCUCUGCUACAGUAUGUUGUUACUGAAUCCCAUUUUUAAAAAGAUAAUGAGUAUUAUUUUGGAGCAUGUUAUUAACUUAGUGCAAGAGAAAUGGAAGGCAACAGAGAGGAGAGUUAGUUUUGCUUGAGAAACAUCAGUAGACCACAACCUAGUGAGUUCCCUAGUUAGCAUGCUGGCUAAUGCUGCAUUCAUGUCAAAUGGGAACAACAGUUGGUUGACUGUUGUACGCUUGUAAGUUCCUUUUUACGUUGGUUUCUUAGUUGUGACACACAUGAAUAAGUGAUCAGAACUUUUGAAAGUAUGUUUUAUACCAAACCAGACAACAUUAAUGAAAUGUGGUGAUCACGAAAAAAGAUCAGACAUUUCAGGCUGUUACUCUGUGUUGUUAUUCAGGCUGGGGGGGGGGUUAAAAAAAAAAAAAAAAAGGA